UUAAUGGUAGUAAAAAUAAAUUGUACCUUUGCCAAGAAAAAAAUAAACAUUGUGAGUGCACCAAAGCUCAGGUAGUUGCGUGUCACUUUUUCCACCAUUUAUUGAUCCGCGCUGCGCUUCAUGCUUCAGCAACAAUUUGUAAUCUACAAGUGCGCGCUAGUGCAAAUCCCGCCACUCCCCUUGUUCUGUAGUCAAACAAAUCACCUAACUUUGUGUAUACACAUAGCAUGCCAAUCCACUUGUCCCCGUAAAAAACUUUCAAUAUCAGAUAUUGUUUAGAAAAUUAGUACACGGUACGUUCAUUGGGAAAGGAAACGCAAGUUUAGUCCAAAAAACUGUUGGCGCCUCUCGCGACAAUUACAAACAGAGGAAAAGAAGAGUGGGCGCAUGUUUUGCGCAUAAUUCUGGAGAAAUUUAAUGAACAAAUUCCGGUAUCAUUGCAUAUCAGAUUAAGCAAGUCUGUUAAGAAUUAUCAAUAUGUCUACCGCUUUCUUAACUGUUAUUGCCGUCAUCAUAUGCAUAUUAUUCCGCAUUCUCAAUGUGCAUAGCCAGCCGCUAAAACCUAAUGUUUGGUGUCUCAAUGAACAGUUCUUGGACUGCUUGUACAAGAUAGCGCCAGUAUUGCGAGAACCAUACAUUCCUCCACGGCUUUGGGGAUUCAGCGGCCAUGUGCAGACUGUUUUACAUAGCAUUGUUGGGCGUGUGCGUUGCCCUUGGCCCUUGGGUGAACGCGUUUAUAUGUGGCUAGAUGAUGGAUCAACGUUAACAUAUGAUUUGUAUCAAUCACUUAAUGAAGCAGAAGAUGACAUAACAAUUGCCAUUUGUCCGGGCAUCGCCAACAGUUCUGAAAGCGUAUAUAUACGAACUUUUGUACACUUGGCUCAAUGCAGUGGAUACCGUUGCGCCGUACUGAACCAUAUUGGAGCACUUCGCAGUGUUCAGGUGACAUCAACACGCAUUUUCACUUAUGGCCACACAGAGGAUUUCGCCGCCAUGGUGGAACAUUUGAAUGAAAAAUAUCGUCGGAGUCGCAUCGUUGCAGUCGGUUUCAGCUUAGGUGGUAAUUUAAUUACCAAAUAUUUUGGUGAGCUAGCAAAAAACAAACCGAACAGUGUAAUAGGUGGUAUCUCUGUAUGUCAAGGCUAUAAUGCUGUCGAAGGGACUAAGUGGCUUUUGAAUUGGCAAAAUUUUAGACGUUUCUACUUGUAUAUUAUGACUGAAAAUGUUAAAAAUAUUAUCUUGCGUCAUCGCCAUGUGCUGCUCUCCGACGAAGUUAAGGCACGUCAUAAUCUGAACGAACGUGAAAUUAUUUCGGCUGCAACCUUACCAGAACUGGAUGAGGCUUAUACACGACGAGUUUAUAAUUUCCCUUCAACACAGGAGCUCUACAAGUGGAGCUCAUCUUUGUUCUACUUCGAUAACAUUGAGAAGCCAAUGAUUUUUAUUAAUGCUAAAGAUGAUCCCCUAGUGCCCGAGGAUUUAUUGAAUCCCAUAAAAGAGUAUGCAUCAACACGACAAAAUCUCGCCUACAUUGAGGUUGCACACGGAGGUCAUUUGGGCUUUUAUGAGGGUGGUUUCCUAUACCCCAAUCCUGUAACUUGGCUGGAUCGAACUCUGGUUGCUAUGGUGGGAUCUCUGGCAUUGAUGCACGCCGAUAUGAGAAAAGUUACUUCUUAAUAGGUUAAAGAUGCCCCAGCAGUUACCCAAUAAUACAAUGCUUUAUGUCAAAAUUCCAUGUUGCUGUCAAAACCGAAUCGUAUAAAUAGUUUAACCACCUAAUAACUUAUGUAUUAAGCGUUCUUCGUAGAUAAAGACGUUGCAAUGUGCAUUUAAAAAAGAAAGCAGAAGGCACACUUUUGUACUAUAUACUCUCUUUUGGAAAAAUUUUUGUAAUAAGCAAAUUAACAAUUGCAUUCGACAUGAUGUAAACAAACUUACGUAAUUUAUUUAUAAAGAAGAUCUAAUAUUAAAAUGUU